CCAUAAUUCUUACGCAGUGGUCCGUUUUGUGUGGAAGUUAGAAGUUCAUUCUGAUUGGUCAUCCCAUUCUCUUCUGCGAUUUUGGUGUUUCCGUGUAGGAAUUGGAAAACCGACCCGAACAUGAACAACUCCUCUGCCUCUUUGAAUCCAUUCUCAUCUCAUUCUUCUUCUUAUAAAAUUUAUACACUUUCGUAAUCAGAUUCCUUCUAAUCGUAUCGUAUUCGUAAAUCGUAACAAGGAUCCCGAAUCCCAACGCUCGUUCAGCCCAAUCGCCUCCCUUCCCCUGUUCUGUACCCCUUCCCACUUGUUGCCCAAUGACAAUUUCUCAGAAAUUUUGCUAAAUCUUCCUGGUUUGACCCCUCAAUCUUCAUUGACUUCCAACAAUUUCUCCGAAAAGGUUUGCGAUUCUAUUUUAUUUAUCGGAUUUCUUCUGUUUCCAUUCAUCGAGAGGGAAAAACACACCAAAUUUUCUCCUCCCUCUUCUCUUUGUGUUGCGCCAUUUCCAAUUUGAUAUCUGGGUUUCGGUUUGAUUUGGGUUUUAGGGUGUUUUUGAGUCUGGCUAUGGAUUUUGAAUUGGUUAGAAGGGGUUUGGGAUUCUCUCAGAGAAAAAGGAAGUGGCUUAUUCUAUUGGCUGUCAUGGGGGUUUCUGGUUAUGGUGCUUACAAGGUCUAUCAUUUGCCCUCUGUCGAGAGGAAGAGGAAGAGACUAAUGAAGCUCUUCGGCGCCAUGAUUUCUGUUGCUGAAAUGGUUGCGGAUUCUUCUGAAGCUAUUGGAGUAAUUUCUAAGGACUUGAAAGAGUUUCUGAAAUCUGAUUCUGACGAAAUUCCCAAUAGCUUGAAGCAAAUUUCCAAAAUUGCAAAGUCUGGGGAAUUUUCGGGGUCUCUUGAAAAGGUCACUGAGGCUUUCACGAUUGGGAUGAUGAAAGGUUAUAAAACUGUGACAAAGAAUGAACAAAAUUUCGAGGCGGAUUCGGCGAAUUCGAGCUUUUCUUCUGGUGUCUUUGAGAAGCUUUUCUCAAAAGCUGGGACUGGUUUUGCUUCUGUUGUGGUUGGAAGUUUUGCAAAGAAUUUAGUUAUGGGAUAUUACUCGGUGCCUGGAUCAGUCGAAGAUGCAAGUAGAAAUUCACAGACAACUGAUUACAAAUCUGGAUCUGAAUCUCCAGACGUGCCCAGAUGGGUAACUGUGGCCUCCAAUGAGAAAUGCAAAAAUGUUAUUGCAGAUUGCAUACAAGUUUUUGUUAGCACUGCAGUUGGUGUGUAUCUUGAUAAAACAAUGGAUGUUAAUGUGUACAAUGACCUGUUUAGUGGAUUGACCAAUCCCACUCAUCAGGACAAGGUGAAGGACAUGCUUGUUUCUGUUUGUAAUGGCGCUGUUGAAACUUUGGUAAAAUCAUCUCACCAGGUGUUGACAAGCUCGCAAUCAACUUCUAAUUUGAGUCCGGUUUCAUCUGGUAAUGGGAUGUCAAAGAUAGGUGAUAACCCCUUUUCUGAAGGAGCAUAUCCAAAGAAAAUGGCUAUGGUCACUUCAACUGAGGGUAGCCGAAAUGGAUGGGUUGACACGGUUUCAUCUACUUUGGCAGUUCCUAGAAAUCGGAAGUUUGUGCUUGAUUUAACUGGCAGGGUGACCUUUGAAACAACAAGAUCUGUUGUGGAAUUUUUCUUGUGGAAGCUAAUGGAUGGUCUGAAGAGAAGUCUUGAUAUAGUUCAUGAUGAAGUUGUGGGUAGGGGAUUGGAAGUCAUCAGAUACUUCUGUGCAAAGUCUUCUGUUAUUGUUACAAUCUGUUUAGCAUUAUAUCUACAUGUUUUUGGUGGCACAAGACUUCUGAUACCUGCAUAAUAUAAGAGCAGGAUGUUGUUUAAGCCACUUAGAUUAGGAAGUAUAUACCAUUGUUGCAUUCAGGGAAGGUUUUGUACUUUCUCCAAUAUCAUUCAAAUUUUAAUGAUAAUGAUACGUCUUGAACAAAUGCAUAUAUUGAUGCAUAACUUCCACCA